UUUUUACAUGAUGUUAAAUAGAGAGGUGUAAUAUCUUUGUUAUCUAGACCAAACACAUUUAUUGAUAUUGCAUUAUUUUGCUUUUCAAAUCUUGAGAUACUUUUCAAUGAUACUGGCAACUCAAUACCUUUCAUAUUUAAAAUGUUUUCAUACUGAAUAUAACUAUUCAAUCUAUUAGAAUGAUUCCCAUGUUUUACUGGUUAUAAUGCAGAUACAAUUGCCCAUAUAAAGCAUUUGUUAUCAUAAUUUUUAACAUUUAUGCAUGCUUUCCUUUUCUCUAUGAAUGCUGGUAAUGGCAUUUCUUUCAAUGUGAUAAUAAAUUAAUCCCUGUAGAAAGACAACUAAAAUAAAUUUCAUCAGCGCUAUGACUUAAAUAAUAUAAUAGAUGCAAGGGUGGGGAUAAUUUUUCAUUUGCGUUUCAUUAUUUUUAUGUGUGAAAAAUGAGGGCUAUCGAUGAGAGUCAGUGCAUCGAAAAAUCAUCUCUAGUCGCCCUGGGGACUAUAGGAAACGUAUUUAAAAGUACGGAGGAGGGGGGUAACGAAGAAAGCGAGAAAGAGAGUAGAAAAUGGAGGCGCUUCGAACGAAAAUUUGUCUGAGUGGGGACUAUGGGAAACGUAUUUAAAAGUACGAUAGAGCGAGGAGCUGACCUCGUCCGAAAAAAACACAGCGAAGAUGCAAGCUGCAGAGUAUCUGUGUAGGGUCAAGCUGUAUCGGUUGCAGCUCUCGCUCGCUGUAGAGAGUCAGUGUAGAGAAAACACAAGCCUGCAGGUGUCUGCGUGGGGACUAUGGGAAACGUAUUUAAAAGUACGGGGGAGAGGGUAGUGGAAAAAUACCAGGAUCUAGCUGUAUCUGCUGUACCGCGCGCGAUAUACAAAAUCGGUGCGCUUUGAACGAAAAUACUGCGGGUAGCUGAUGUCGUUCAAAGAAACAUGAAAAGAGACGUUGCAUGUCGCAAGCGUGAAUGAAUCGAGCUUGAGAAGCUUUUUUAGUGGAAGGGGUACAAAUUUCUAGUAUAUUUAAGUAGUCCUCUGCUCUGUGUUUGUAUACAUUUCCGAGUGUACUCAAGCAGUAUACUGUUUUCUACAAUAGUUGAGAAAGCUGUAGAAUUUGUAAGUAUAUUUUAAAUAUUUUAUUAUUUUAUUUAUAAAUUUAUUCUUAAUGAGUAAUAUUUUCAUAGAUAACAUGGAUUUGAUUGUUGAUACCCAGGGCUUCAAGGGGCAAAACGGCGAAUUCAUAGUCAAGUUGGCCUACAUUGAUCCCAACGAGCCAGCAGCAGUAGCUCAACUAGCUACAUUUCAACCACCUCACUCUUGGUACGACUUGUCGAGCGAUGUCCAGUGUGCCAAUCUGUGGCUCAAAUAUUCUUUUCACGGAUUAAAGUGGAGCGACGGUGAACUGUCAUACGACAAGCUAGCCGAAGUUUGCUCCAGCCUCCUCGAUUUAUCGCCGACAAGGAACGCUAUUAUUUGGGUGAAAGGUGCACAGAAAAAGGACUGGCUGCAGCUAUAUUUCCCGGACGUCCGUAAUAUAGAAGAUCUCGGCUGUCCAUCCUUAAAGACACCAGGAUUUCGAACUCCGCUGGUGUGUUCACAUCACCUGCCUGACUGGAAGGAGAAUUGUGCAGUUCAAAACGUUUACGCAAUAAACAAGUGGCUCCGUACAGUACGGCAAGAUUUUAUCUUCCCACUGCAUGUCUUUGAGGAUUAUUAUUGCUCAUCUGAUUCGGAUACAACAACGACAACAUUGGAAGAAUAAUUUAUCAUAAUGGAGUCGCUGAACGCUGUGGCAAAAGCUCCACCAUUCCUGCCUACGAAAAAAAUAAAGGAUUUGGAGAUCAACAAGAAGUACAAAAUAUCCAAACAUAAGAAAGUUCAGACAAAAUUUGGCGCGAAGAUGGUGUUGGAGUUGGAUGGAAGUUUCGACGUUUUCCUACCCACCAAAGUAAAUGCCUUCCUCAUCGAGAACAACACCGACGAGGAGAAGUUGAAGAAUGAAAUUGAUACUAGAGAUGUUUAUCUAGUACAUUAUGGACACUACAUUAUUGAAUUGAUGUAAUAAUUUAUCUCCACUGCGUAUAGUAUUAAGGAUUUUUUUUCAAUAAUUAUUGAGUGUUUAUUUAUGUUAAAUUCUUUUUUGAAGGGGAUUAUCGCGACGCUUAGUAAGUUUUUUCUUCUUCUAAUAUUAAGGAUUCUUAUAUAACAUCUUACAUAGAAAGUAUUAUCCAAUUUAUAAAUCACAAUUUAAUUACUAUUAGAUUUAUAUAAGUUUAUUAUGUACUCUAACGGUUCUCUAAUGAUAUUUCUAACGAAUAUUUGAAUAUAUAUAUAUAGGAGAUCACUUUUAGCUUAAGACUAUGUCAAGGAGUGCGGUAGCGCCGCGAUAGCAAGUAUAAGUUGUAUACAUUGUAUCGUUAGGAGCGCCAAGAUGGCAAGUAUAAGUUUUAUAUACUGUGCUGUCGGGAGCGCACUGCGAUCUCAUAUAUACAUUUAUUUUGUAUUAUUAUUAUUAUUUCCUAAAUUCUAUAAUUUAUACUAACUUUAAGGAUUUUUGAUAUGAUAGAUAUAAUUACAAAAAAUGGAUUUACAUAGAAACAUUAACAACAAUGGAUCGAUGGAUGAGUGUUUAUAGUCAAGAAAAAUGGCACAGAUUUAUACUGUGUUUAGCUUUAGCUGUUUAGUUGCGUACUUAUAAUUGCAUUGAAAUGGUCACAUCAACGUAUAGGUUA